GCUCUCUUAGAGCCCAUCCCCUAGGGGGCGGGCUCUUUUUCCUGCGCUUGCGCUCUGGGCGCCGCGUGACGGCUCGCGCCGCGUGUGGAGGCUUCUCAGCUCGGCGAGCUCACCUUAGGGGCUCGGGGGCCGCCCCGUCAUGUCGUGGCUCUUUGGUGUCAACAAGGGUCCCAAGGGCGAGAGUCCGGGGCCCGUGCUGCCCCUGCCGCCCACGAUUGGAGGGGACGGCGGCGGAGACCGGGCAGGAGGCGGCGGGGACCGACCCACGCCCAAGGACAAAUGGAGCAACUUCGACCCCACGGGCCUGGAGCGCGCGGCCAAGGCGGCGCGCGAGCUCGAGCACUCGCGCCACGCCAAGGAAGCACUCAGUCUUGCACAGAUGCAGGAACAGACUUUGCAGCUGGAGCAGCAGUCGAAGGUUAAGGAAUACGAAGCUGCCGUGGAGCAGCUGAAGAACGAGCAGGUUCGGAUACAAGCGGAAGAGAGAAGGAAGACACUAAAUGAAGAAACAAGGCAGCAUCAGGCAAGAGCUCAGUAUCAGGACAAGUUGGCUCGGCAGCGCUAUGAUGACCAGCUCAGACAACAGCAACUUCUCAAUGAAGAAAACUUGCGGAAGCAGGAGGAGUCCGUGCAGAAGCAGGAGGCAAUCAGGAGAGCCACUGUGGAACGGGAAAUGGAGCUGCGGCAUAAGAAUGAGAUGCUGCGAAUAGAGGCAGAGACCCGUGCUCGUGCCAGAGCAGAGAGGGAGAAUGCAGACAUCAUCAGGGAGCAGAUCCGCUUAAAAGCCGCCGAGCACCGCCAGACCAUUCUGGAGUCCCUCAAGACAGCUGGUACUCUGUUUGGUGAAGGAUUUCGGGCCUUUGUAACAGACUGGGACAAAGUAACAGCUACGGUGGCUGGAUUGACGCUGCUAGCCGUUGGUGUUUACACAGCUAAGAACGCAACAGCGGUUGCUGGCCGCUACAUUGAAGCCCGCCUAGGAAAGCCCUCCUUGGUAAGAGAAACCUCGAGAAUCACAGUGUUGGAGGCGCUGAAGCAUCCAAUCACGGUUGGCAGGCGUUUGGCUAGUAAGCCUCAGGAUGCCCUGGAAGGAGUUGUUCUCAGUCCGAAACUGGAGGAACGGGUCAGGGACAUCGCCAUAGCAACAAGGAACACCAAAAAGAACAAAAGCUUAUACAGGAAUAUCCUCAUGUAUGGACCCCCCGGCACGGGGAAAACACUUUUUGCCAAGAAGUUAGCCAUGCAUUCGGGUAUGGACUAUGCCAUCAUGACUGGUGGUGAUGUCGCCCCCAUGGGGCGAGAAGGAGUGACUGCCAUGCACAAGGUCUUUGACUGGGCCAACACCAGCCGCAGAGGCCUCUUGCUAUUUGUCGAUGAAGCAGAUGCGUUCCUGAGAAAGCGAGCCACGGAGAAAAUAAGUGAAGACCUUCGGGCAACGCUAAAUGCAUUCCUUCAUCGAACAGGCCAGCACAGCAACAAGUUCAUGCUGGUCUUGGCAAGUAACCAACCUGAGCAGUUUGACUGGGCCAUCAAUGACCGAAUAGAUGAAAUGGUCAACUUUGACCUGCCUCAGCUUCCAGAACGGGAGCGCCUGGUGAGGAUGUACUUUGACAAGUAUAUUCUGAAGCCAGCCACGGAAGGGAAGCAGCGCCUGAAGCUGGCCCAGUUUGACUACGGGAAAAAAUGCUCAGAAAUCGCCAGGCUGACUGAAGGCAUGUCCGGGCGGGAGAUCUCACAGCUCGCCAUCGCCUGGCAGGCCUUAGCCUAUGCCUCAGAAGACGGUGUCCUCACUGAGGCCAUGAUUGACACCCGCGUAAAGGACGCCAUCCAGCAGCACCAGCAGAAGAUGGAGUGGCUGAAAGCAGAGGGUAUGGAGGGCAGCAAGAGCCAGCCUCUCCCGUUCUUCAAGGAGAGCCCAGUGUAAGGGCAGGAGCCCUCCCCAGGACAUGGGGAAAAGAGGGCUAUAGAAGGGCAAAUCAUGUGUCUAAGUCGGAGCCAGGGCCUACAGGGCUGAGCCUGUAGUCAUCCUCUCUCUUCCCUUCGAGGCUUUUUUAAAAUCCUCCCAUCAAGGUGUGUGAUGGCAGGAGCCACAUUAAAGGAUCUACCACGCACCAA